CACCUAAUAAUAUUCACAGAGAGAGAGAGAGAGAAAGAGAAAGAGUCAUGGUUUCUAGGAAGCACAAGAGAGCAGCCAUUUAUAAGAAGCUGGAAUUGCUUCGUUCCCUCACUAACUCUCAUGGGCACGGUAAAACCUCGAUCAUAUUAGAUGCAGCAAAGUACAUAGAAGAUCUAAAGCGAAAGAUAGACGUAAUGAAUCAUGAUAUUGCCUCCGAUGUCCAAGCUCCGUUGCCUCUGCGGCUUAGAGUAGAAGCCCAAGAAAAGGGUUUUCUGAUUGAGGUGCUGGCUGAAAGGAGCUGUUGUGGGUUGCUUGUUUUCAUAUUGGAAGCCUUUGAAGAGCUGGGACUUGAUGUUCGCCAAGCUAGGGUUUCUUGCGCAGACAGAUUCCAUUUAGAAGCCAUCGGAGUCAGAGAAAAGCAUGGAGGUGAUGACGAUGAUGAGAUUGAUGCUAAAGUGGUGAAAGAAGUGGUUCUGCAAGCUAUUCAAAACUGGAGUGAGAUUAGCGAGCAAAAAUAGUAGUAAAUUAAGCGAGAUCGAUCUUCUUAAUAUGUUGAUAGAUCAGUUUGGGUGGUAGAUGAUGAUCAUCAAGUUCUGUAGCGUAGGGUUAUUAUUUUGCUUGCAUAUGCUUCUCGUGAGCUGUUGCUGAUUGCCAAUGAUCGAUAUAUCCAGAGAAAUCCAAACGUACGGCAGACAUACAAUGUCGAUCAUAUUGUCAA